CCCUAGAAUCACUCCUUAGGUCUGUGUAUGUGACUGCAGUUGCUGUGAAACGUCUGUAGGGUUCCCCUUUGCCUCAUCCUACAAUAUCUGUUCCCUCUCCAAUCCGUAACAACAACCAAAAAUAAAAGGCAUCUCCCGAAGCUCAGCCAGUCCCUCUCAGGAUCUGAGCAUAUUAACAACCUGCUAUAUCCAGGGGAAUCCUGGGCUGCUGUCACUCCCCACCACUCACACACACAUCCAGCUAAACUCAGCAAGGGGAAUGGAUUUUUGGACACUUUCAUUGAGGAUCCUGCUAUUGCCUUCAGUGUUGGUGCUCUGCUCUGAUCUCUUUCAUUCUGAAUGCUACACUGUUAACGGGGCUGAUUACAGAGGAGAACAGAACCAGACCUCUUUGGACUGUGGAAAGCCUUGCCUCUUCUGGAACGAGACCUUUCAGCAUCCAUACAAUACUUUGAAGUACCCCAAUGGGGAGGGUGGUUUGGGAGACCACAACUACUGCAGGAACCCAGAUGGUGACGUCAGUCCCUGGUGUUACAUAGCUGAGCAUGAGGAUGGCGUGUACUGGAAAUACUGUGACAUUCCGACCUGCAGAAUGCCUGGAAAUCUGGGAUGCUUUAAAGACCAUGGGAACCCUCCUCCUUUGACUGGCAUCAGUGAAACAUCCAAUAAGCAGACAAUACAAACUUGUAUUACUAUGUGCCGGAGACAGCGCUACAAGUUGGCUGGACUGGAGUCUGGUUUCGCUUGCUUCUGUGGUAACAAUGCUGAUUACAGAAAACAUGGUGAGACACCAAGCACAGACUGUAACAGCGUCUGCUUUGGGGAUCACACACAGCCAUGCGGCGGGGACGGGCGCAUCAUCCUGUUUGACUCUUUGAUUGGAGCCUGUGGUGGGAAUUACACAAAGGAUUCUGCAGUUAUCUACUCACCGGAUUUUCCAGACUCGUAUGGGUCAGGAAAAGCUUGUUAUUGGACAAUUCAAGUUCCAGGAGCUUCUCUAAUCCGUUUUAACUUCACUUUCUUUGACAUUAAAGACUCAAGAGAUAUGGUGGAGCUUCUGGAUGGGUAUACAAAGCAGGUUAUGGUACGCUUUGAUGGCAGGAACCACCCAGCACAUGGCUUCAAUAUCUCGUUAGAUUUUGUCAUCUUGUAUUUCUUUUCUGAUCGCAUCAAUCAGGCCCAGGGUUUUGCAGUUGUAUACCAAGCAUUCAAAGAGAGAACCAUGGAAAAGCCUCAGUUAUCCAACCAGACACAGACAGAGCUGAUAACGCAAACAUCCAACCUCAGCAUCAAUGCAGCACGGUCUUCAAAGAUUCUCUAUGUCAUAACGACUAGUCCAAGCCGGCCAACUGGGCAAAUGCCAGGUUGGACAAUUUAUGCACUUACAGCUCUUCUAAUUCUGACCAUCAUUGCUAUAUUGGUAAAAGCUCUUCUUCACCUAAAUAUAAAGGCUCAGAGGUUGACGACACCCACCAGUUUGGACAACUGCCACCGAGGAUCUGCAGGAGAAAUUUGGAGCAUAUUCUACAAACCUUCCACAUCAAUCUCCAUUUUUCCAAAGAAGAUUAAGAGUUCACACGAUGAUCGUAAUCCAUUAGUAGGCGAAUAAAUUGCACUUUGUCAAAGACAUUUCAAAACUGCAGAGCUAUAUUAGAAGACUCCUGCCAUCUCUGUUCUUAGGAAUCAGUUUAAUAAAAAUAUAUUUAUGAUCUUCUGAUAUGGACUGUCUAACUACUAUGGGCUUCCAACACAAGGAUGAGGAGAUAUUUCUGACCCAGAAAUGUUUAAGUCCCGUCCUACAACUUAAAGAUCGAGAAGAAACACGGCCAGUGUUUUGGGACUUACUAUAGCAAAUUGUUUUCUAUUAGAGCUCAUCAGGGAGAACAAGAUAUUUGGGUGGGAUGGAAGGAACCACAGCUUAAUGCUGCAGGCGUUACAUACAAUCACCUGCCCCUGCUCAGCAGGGUAUCCCAUAUCUAAAUAAGGAUAUCUGAUUUUCCUUCAGGUCCCGCUUCUUUUUAAAAUAUAUUUAUGAACUUCGACCUUCAAUAUGGAGCACCGGAAAUUGUCUGGUUUUCCAACUGCAUCAUGGACAACCGCAGUAAUGAUGGAUUUUUGUAUUAUGUAUUUUUUCCAUUGCAAAAUAACUUCUAUACAACAAAGCUGGAACUGUCAUAUUAUGAGCCAAACAAGAACAGUUUCCCUCUCAUUCUAGAGUUUACAUUGUCUCUUGCACAGAAUGAAUGGAUGGAUACUGUACACAGGACUGAGAAUUCAAGAAGAUCCCUCCCCUACUGUACAUCAUGCAUGGGUGUUUUUUUUUUUUUGGUAUCAUUUUUAUUUCCUUCUAAUGAUGCAUGAAAUGAGUGUCAGUUUUAUGGGGCCACUAGAUAACUUAUUAUAAGAACAUGCAUAUUUGUACCCACAUAUGAGUUCGUACUUUAAGCUUACAUUCUAUCACUGUCUGUCCUGGAAGUGUUUGUCAGCAUUAUCCAUAAAACCUGCUCAGAUAAAGCUCCCAAACCUUCAUGUUGUGCCUUGCCAUUGCUUCAUUGUUUAAAGUCCAAAGCAAUCACUAAAGUUGCCCAACAGGGUUCAGGUCCUACCAUUCAGCCUAAGUGCCUACCACAGUCUUUGGCUUCACUCCCGGGUCACUAAUUUGAAUAGAUCUAGUCACUUUGCGCACAGAUAGGAUAGCUAGCUCAUAUUCUGGCUCAAUUAUUGCCAUUGGCUGAUAACUGCACAUAUCACAGUUAUCAGCCCAUUAGAUGCAAUUUAUAUUUUUUUAUGGCAUAGACAUCAUAUGACAACUAUGGAAAAUGUGGUAAUAUCUCCAAGCGUGGAGUAUUAUAGCGCAUUAUCAAUGGGUCAUGUACAAAAUAAGGAACAACAGUAAAUAAAAAGCUUUUUUUUCUAUUCUU